AUGAAGGAGAUGGACUUUGAGCAGACAGAAGAUAUCGGCUUCUCGGACCUAACAGACGAGAAGGAUCGCAAAAAGGCUUAUGAGGUCGACUUCAAGGUCGUGCCCCUCCCCGAUAUCAUCUCUGCACAGGCCAAUGCCUCCAACCAUGUGGCCGGAAUCCUCGACCUCUCAACCGAACAGGCUGCUGCGCUCCUCCGGUCCUUCAAGUGGAACAAGGAGCGACUCAUUGAACGUUACAUGGAGAACCCCCAGGAGAUCCUUGACCAGGCCGGCGUGGUCCUCGACAGCGACAAGAUCACCAUCACUCAGCGGCCGGCAGGUUUCCUCUGCGAGAUUUGUUAUGACGACAGCCCCGUCGGCGGCGCACUCGGCCUCAGCUGCGGACAUGUCUUUUGCCAUGGCUGCUACGAACAGUACCUGACCCAAAAGAUCAAAGAAGAGGGAGAGUGCCGGAGGAUCCUCUGCCCCGAGUCAGGAUGCAGUGUCCUUGUCGAUGAAGCCAACAUCAAGCGCAUCAUCUCUCCUUCUACUUUGACAAAGUACAGACGGUUGCAGGAUAAGGCUUACAUUGCUGACCUAGAUAACUUGCGCUGGUGCCCCGCACCCAACUGUGAAAAUGCGGUCGAGUGCCGCCUUGCGCAUCAUAACUUUGACACUGUUGUACCGACAGUCUCGUGUGCAUGCGGUCACGACUUUUGCUUUGCAUGCGGAUUGGACAAUCAUCAGCCAGCGUCGUGCGGACUGGUCAAGAUAUGGCAGAAGAAGUGUGCAGACGACUCGGAGACGGCCAACUGGAUUUCAGCAAACACCAAAGAAUGUGGCAAGUGCCAGUCGACGAUCGAGAAGAACGGAGGAUGCAACCACAUGACGUGCCGCAAGUGCAAGUACGAGUUCUGCUGGGUCUGCAUGGGUCCUUGGUCUGAGCACGGCUCGAGCUGGUACAACUGCAACCGUUUCGAGGAGAACAGCAGUUCUGACGCCCGUGAUCAGCAAGCAAAAUCUCGCGCCUCUCUCGAGCGCUACCUCCACUACUACAACCGCUUCGCAAAUCACGAGCAGUCGGCCAAGUUGGAUCGGGACUUGUACAUGAAGACUGAGAAGAAGAUGGAGGAGAUGCAGCGGACGAGUGAAUUGUCAUGGAUCGAGGUGCAGUUCUUAAAGAAGGCGGUGGAUGUGUUAACAUCAUGCCGUAUGACACUGCGCUGGACGUAUGCGUUCGCCUACUACUUGAUCAAGGACAACAUUACGGAGCUGUUUGAGGACAACCAGCGUGACCUGGAGGUUGCGGUCGAGGCAUUGAGUGAGUUGCUGGAGAAGCCGAUUGAGAAGGAAAAGAUUACAGAGCUGCGCCAGCAGGUUCUCAACAAAACGGUCUAUGUUGCCAGCCGACGGGAAGUUGUCCUCGACGACACUGCCAAGGGUCUGGUCGAGGGUCGCUGGCAGUACUUUUGCGAGGUGCCUUCCAUUAUUGUUGGCAAGUAA